GUUUUCGGCGCAACGCGAAAAUGGCGUGCCUUUUCCAUGUUUGACGUUAGUCGAUCGCUUAGACCUGAGAAAACUAUCUCGAAAAAAAUAAUUUGAACCGCGCGGAAGCUUUGAUGAAUGGCUGAAGAUUUUGUACCUUUCCUUGCUAUGGGCCAGUGGAGGGCGGCUGGCCAGUUGACACAUGGCCACAGUUGACUGACGUGUGACGCUAGUCUGCUCUUUUGGUGGAAAACCAGAUCACAGGGGUCAACAUGGAGUACCCAGAUGAAGAGCCAGGGGCAGAUGUCAAGUUGCUCAUGGCUGAAAUGAAGAACCAGAACUUUGAUGUGAUCCGGUUUGCCUCCUACCGAACAGCCUGCAAGCUUCGCUUCAUCCAGAAACGGUGUCAAUUGCAUUUAGUGGACCUGUGGAACUUGAUUGAGGCAUUCCGUGAGAAUGCGCUCAAUGCCAUGGAUGCGCAAGCGCCUCUUGGGGUGACGCGGGUGCGUGCCCUACUGAACUCCCUGUACUACCAGCUCAACAAGCGCCUCCCUCCCAGCCAGCAGCUCGAUCUGCCCCACUGCGUCAGCCUGCUGCUCAACUGGCUGCUGGCCAGCUAUGACCCGGAGCAGCAGGGCUGCCUGCGGGUGCUCUCCCUCAAGGUGGCCUUGGCCAUCCUGUGUGCGGGCAAGCUGCUGGACAAGCUGCGCUACCUGUUCUCCCUGUUGGCUGAUGGCAGCGGACGGCUGCCCGUGUCCCGUUUUGGACAGCUCUUGGAAGACGCCCUCGUGCUGCCCGCUUCUGUGCUCGAGUCACCCAGCUUCCACUAUACCGAGUCACUGCCAACCAGCAUUUUUCACCAGUCCCGCGUGACGCUCAACGAGUUCCUGUCUGUGUUGACCAGCGAUGGGGGUCCCGAGUGCCUGAUUUGGAUGCCCCUUCUCCAUCGCAUGGCCAAUGUCGAGAAUGUGCUGCACCCGGUGCAGUGUGACGGCUGCAAUCGUGACUCCUUCUUGGGCUUCCGGUACAAGUGCCAGCGCUGCUACAAUUACCAGCUCUGCCAGGACUGCUUUUGGCGGGGCCGCACUUCGGGAUCGCACACCAACCAGCACGAGAUGAAGGAGUAUGCUGUCUACAAAUCGGCCAGCAAGCAGCUCGGUCACUCCCUGCGCAAGUCAUUCCGGUGUGUUCCUGAGCGACCCAGCCGGCCACUGCCGCAUUUCCCGGAGGAGGAGCACACGCUGGAUUUGGCACACAUUGUGCCUCCGUCUCCCGCGGCCAGUCAUAAUGGCCUCCCCUCCUUAAUCGGUCCACCCAUGGACAGUGGGCAAGACGAGGAGCACAGACUGAUCGCCCGUUACGCCGCACGCCUCGCACAGAGGCCCACUGGCUCAACUGACACGGCAAGGCAAAGGGAGCUGCUGUCACAGUUGGAGGCGAAAAACAGAGAAAUGAUGGGCCAGAUAGUGCGGCUACGACAGCAGCAGGAGCGAGAAGAGUCGAUGCGUGCUGGCAGCCCCGCGCUGGUCGGGGAGCUGCAGGCACUGCGUCAGCGGAAGGCCCAUCUCGAGGCACAUCUGGCACAACUGCAGGACAGCCGAAGGGACCUCAUGCUCCAGCUGGAGGCCCUCAUGAAGAUGCUCAAGAACCAUCAGCGGAGUCCCCGGUCAACGCCUGGCAGCUCUCCCCGAUCCACUGCAUCACCACGCGAGCGGCCACCCAUAGUGGCCGCACACUUGCAGACCCCGGACAGUCUGGUGGGCCUGGGUGCGGACGUGCAGAUGGCCUUUGGCCGCACACCCGAGGGUCGGCAGCUGCGCGACCACUUGCUCGUUGCUGCCGACUCAGUCACCCACGCCAUGUCAUCACUCGUGCGUGAAUUACAUUCAGGUGUGGGUUCUGAAGAUGAAGCCUCCCAGCCUGGACCCGAUGUUGAUGGAAGCCAGCACAACGGCUGCCCAGAUGUAAGCCCACAGGAGCUGUCUCCCAGCUGUCUGCAGCCAGGAACCACCGACGACGACAGCUACGUCCGCACCGAAGACGAAGAGGAGGCGGCCAACACGGACUGGGAGGAGACCGUGCACCGCUGGGUCAACCGCUAGGUAGCCAAUAAACGAACAGCUAGCUGCCUGGCUGCCCACUGCUC